AUGGCAGACGAAGUCAUGGUGGUUGAAGUGCGCAACCUUGCUGGCCGUCAGGUUGGGGUUGCCACUUUGCCUUGGGAAGCGCCGGUGCGCGCCCUGCGGGACCAGAUCAAGAGCUGGCAGAGGCGCAUUGCGGAGGCGCGUAGCCAUCGGGCUCGAGCGCCUUCGAUGGAGCCCGCCAUGGAGCUCCGUCAGCUGCUGGCGGAGGCGAAGCCCGCAUGGACGGCCGCGGAUCUGAACGCCGUGGAGAGGAAGUUGGGGAAGCUGGGCAUCCAUGGCACGGGGGAUUUGGCCCACAGCAUGGACAGGCUGAAUGACCUGCUGCAGGCUGCGGGGUAUUUGAAGUUCAGCACUGACACGCUGGACGCGCUGCGCGCCAAACUGCCCCAAAACCGUCGACGCGGGCCAGCGCCUACAGGGCCUACUGGGCCCAAGGGCGGCGGCAAGGGGCGCAUAGGCUUUGGAGGGCCCAGCCCUCACAGCGUCUUUCUGCACCACCCGCAGAGCGGCACGACUAGCGCGCCCGACGAGUGGAGGGGUUGGACAGUGGUUGGCAGCCCCUCGCCGGCGCCGGUGCAAGCAAGGCCCUGUGUCAUGGAAGCAUACCUGGCAGAACUGCUGGAGCAGGAUGAAGAAGAGGAGGACGACGAGGAGGAGGAUCCCGAAGACACCUGCCUCUCGGAAGAAGACAUGACAAAGCUGUGCAUGGCCAAAAAGGUUCCACUGCUUCAGCUGGAGAAAGGUCGCGCAAUGACUGUGAUUCGAACGCUGGACCGCUUAGAGAAGUGUGCGCUGUCUGCUCUCCGCAAUGAAUACAAAAGGCGCGGCUUUGCACCUGGAGCAGAGAUGAGGAGAGAUAGCUUACUUUCUCGCGUGAAGGAAGUUGUCAUUUGGGAGAACCUCAAGCUUGACGAUUUGCGAGAGGUGUGCAAAGGUCGCCAGUUGCCCGCAGAGCCUGGUAUGUCACGAGCCUCUCUCAUCCAGCUCCUGGCAGAUGAGAGCUGGCUACAGGCUGGCAUCCCCGUGCAUCUACUGCCAAGCAUCGUGGUGGCGCACGGUGUGUUGGACUCAGUGGCCACACUCCACAGCAAGUCACUGACAGAUCUGGUGGCUCAGUGUCGACGUUUGGGGGUGCCCUUGGAGAAAAAGCCGGAGAAGGAGGAGCUGCUGCCCAGGCUCAGCCGGGCCAUCGUUUGGAAGCAAAUGGAAGACGCUGUUUUAAGAGAAGAGUGCCAAAGACGUGGUGCGCCCAUGGACGACCUUCCCGAGCAAAGUCAGGAGAAGGGCAUUAGGUUGAUGGUGAACAAUCACAGCAAAGGUGGACGGCAGAAGAUGGAGAAGCUUUUGCUGCAGUCCCUGUGGCUGGACAUCUGGAAGGCCGCCGGCAUCACCGUCCAGAGCCUCGGCUCCCACGAGGCCGCGGCCAAGCUCUUCCAAGAGGUGGAGCAGCUGCACGCUGAGGACCUCCCCGCUGUCCAGGAGCGGUACAAGUCCUUGGACCUACCGCAGGAGCAGCUGCACGAUCGGAAGUGGGUGAUGCAACGCGUCUCCGAAUCGCUCUUCUGGGAGGCAUUGCAGAUGCCAGACUUGCUGGAAGAAUGCGAGAUGCGCAGCGUGCAAGUGAGCGAGCGCGAGCGCACGGGCGACGAUGCAGAGACGCGGAAAGUCUUGGUGAGGAAACUGGUGAAGGACUCCUGCCUCCGUGCCUGGGUAAAGCUGGGCAUUCCUGUGGGGCGCCUGGGUGACGCCAGGGCUGCUGCAAUGGUGGCGGAAGAGUGGCGGGCCUUGGACACGGUCAGUGCCACAGACCUGCGCAUCAAGUGCGAGCUCCACGGGGUGCCGGUGGACGGAGGCCUGGAGCGCCACGACUUGCUGCAGCUCUUGAAGGACGUGGCGGUUUGGGAGGCCAUGCCGCUUCACGAACUGCAAGUUGAGAUGAGCAAGGCAACUGGUCCUGCCAGCCGUUGUGAGGGCGACGAGUGGAGCAAGCAGUGCCAACUCGUUGAGCAGCUUCUCCUGCGCCGCUGCGCGGACUUCUACGAGGACAAGGGCAUCCCGGCGCGGCGGCUGGGUUCCCUCAAGGCUGCCGCCAAGUUGGCCAAGGAGCUAGCAGACCUUGACGGGAUUGACAUCAGCAGCCUGAAGGCAGAGUGCCGACGUCUGGGCGUGCCGGCAGAGCACCUGCAACGCCAAGAGCUGCUGGACCUCUACCGAGAGAUGGCGCUCUGGCACGCGCUCCCAGCCGCGGAGCUCCGUCUCGAGUGCCGCGCGCGCAAUGUCGCGUGCCCCCAGCCGCAGGGUUUGGUGGUGGAGCAGGAGAUGAAGGAGCUUCUCGUGGACGCCUUGCUGGUGGAGAAGUGCGAGGCCUGGUACGAGCGCCGGGGCAUCCCGGUCCGACUGCUGGGCAGCGUGCUGAGCGCCCAGCGGGUGGCGGAGCGGUGGGAGCAGCUGGAGAGCCUCAGCGAGGGCGGCUUGCUCUUCAAGGCCUCUGCCUUUAGCAUCCACGUGGAGAAGGACUGCAAGAACUCGGAGGUCAUCGAUCGGGUGAAGCAGGCAAUGCUUUGGAGCGAGCUGCCCUUCCGAGAACUGCAGAAGGUUUGCCGACAGCACGGCGUAAAUUCGGUGUGCGCACCCAGCCAAAAGAAGGAGCUGUUGCACCGGCUCACUUCCACAUUGUGGGCACCACCUCCGCCGCCGCCCCCGCCACCACCAGAGCCCAAGCCCCGAAACUUCGACAACUUCGGCAGCCGCGACUGGCAGCGCUUUUCUGGCAACGGCUUCAGCUUCAAUGGACAGGGGGGUUUUAAGGGCAACGGCUACGGCUACAAGCAGCCCAACGGGAAGGCCACGCAGAAGACCCUGGUGCCGUAUUUCAAGACACUGGGCCUGGCUCCCAACUCGGACGCCGCCGCGGUGAAGAAGGCCUACCGCAAGCUGGCGCUGAGAUACCACCCGGACAAGAACCUGGAGGCAUCCAAGGAAGAAGCGUCGCAAAGGUUCCGGGAGGUGGCUGAGGCCUAUGCUGCCAUUUCCCAGUCCAUGGGCGGCGGAUGA